CUUUCCUUUUUCCUACUUUUUCCUGCCCCAAAGCAAAUGGAAACUUUUCUUUAUUUCCUAGAUCAGCUCUUAAGGAAUUCUGUUUGCCUGAAUCACAGGACACGAUUUCUUCCUCCACCUCCUCUGUGCUUGUGCCUCAGGAGCCUGUUUUACCCUGUUGUGGCUGUAAGAAAGCAAAACUUUCUCCUAAGGACAGCAGCUCCUCCGGAUCAUUAUGCAGCAACUCCAGACUGUCCCACCUUCCCGUCUUUUCUAAAGGAACAACCCGGCAAAUCCAGAGCCAUAGUUUACCUAUUUUACCCAAAAACCAGUCUUCCAUGUUCAGGAACCAGGGCACAGCCCAGCCUCCUUUUCAGCUCUCAGAGUUUGGGAAAUCAAAACUUUUACAGAAUUUGGCAGCUCUUUCGCCCUUAAGAUCCCAAAACUCUUUGAUCAACUCUGUGUUCGAAUCCCCAGAUCUCUGCCAACAAGAAAAAACAAAGAGUGGGGGAGAGAGCAAGAGUCAUUUGACAUUGGAUCAUGGGCCAGAUUUUAUUUUCACCAAGGCAAGACCACGAUUCUCGGGGUGGGCUCCAAUCCUGCUCUCUCCUUUGGCUAGGUGGGAGUUAGAGGGACAUAUGGCUUGGAAGGUUUAUACUUUGAGGGAACAAACAGUGCCUCUGCCGGUGAGGGAGUCAUGGGCAAUGCUGAAUUAUUUAACUGAGGCACAAGGAGGAGUUCCCGAACCACAGAAACCUCAAAUCCAGGUAUCUAUGCCCAUUCAUCAAAGCACUGAACAAAGUCUCUACAAUAAAUUCCCAAACUGUCCAUCAUUUCAGCUCCAUUUGAAUAUUGGAGUGGAAUCUGGAUUAAAUCGAACAGAAACAAAAAUUUCACAGUCACUUAUCCCAGGUAAGCAGUCACAACUUGGGGAUGGCCCGCAAAUCCUUGAAUCCAGGCCCUUAGCUACAUCAUUGGGCACUCCGCUUCCCAAAAGUUUUGGAGCUGACGUAAUUCCAGAGAAGACCACUGGACUGCAGGAGCAGCCAAAACAUGUUCUAGAACUUAAUAUAGAACAGAGGGUCCUAGGUCUUCUGGAAAAAGGGAUUCAGCAGCAUAAGUCCCACAUGACUAAUGUGGAAUUGACCCCAGGGCUACCAUGUCAAGUUACAGAGAGCAUCAAGGUAACUCCUUUAGCAUUACUUCAAGUCAUGGAUGCAAUGGGGAUGAUCCCAGAAUCACAUUCAGAAGUGAUAGAAUCUGUGGGCUUGUUCACACAGCCACCAGACAAAGUUGGGAAACCAAUGGAAAUGACAAAAAAAGUGAGUGUAAGCACUAAACCAUCAUAUCAAGUCACUAAACCAAGUGCUCAGCAUCAAGUUAUGGGAUCCAGGAUGACCGCCAGUCCACUGAAUCAAGUCACAGAUAAUGUGACGGUAAAUCCUGCAACAUUGCUUCAAGUCAUGGAUUCAAGUCAUAGUCCAGUGGCACUAUUACAAGCUAUGGAUUUCGUGGGAAUAAUUCCACCAGCACGGUCACAUGUUAUAGAAUCUGGAGAUUCACAGUCUGAAAUUGCAACUUUGGCCCCAGGAGCAGCUCGAUCAGUUGGUUUGACAUCUUCUAGCUCUCCUCCUACUAUUGAUCCACCUGGAGUUGUAGGAUCUGUGGGUUUACCUCCAAAGCGACCACUUAAAGUCACAGAAUCAGUAGGGACGAUUCCAAUGUCAUCACAUCAAUCCAUACGUUCUUUAAAGGUAAGUCCAGUAGCACUGGGGUCAUCCAUGGGAAUGAUCAUAAGACCACAAUCACAAGUUGCAGAAACUCAGGAUUUGACCUCGAGGCCAGUAUCUCAAGUCAGGAAACCUCUGGAGUUGACUCCUGGGUCAUGGAUUCAAGUGCGAGACUCUGUGGAGUUGACUCCAGAACCAUAUGUUCAAGGCACAAAGACUACAGCAUUAACCCCAGGGCUACCUCAUCAAGUCAUGGAAUCUCCAAGUUUGACCCCAUGGCAUCAGAUCUUAGAAUCUUCCGAGACGAGUCCAAGGCAAAGCCAUCAAAUGAUGGAAACUAUGGGGUCGGCUUCUGACCCCAUAACCAGAAAUCUGACUGAUUCAAAAUUGUCACAUCAUCAAAUAAUGGAACAUUUAGGGACAGUCCCAAGAUCACUGGGUCAAAGAAAAGCAUCUAAGGAAAUGAGCCAAAAGUCACUGCAUCAAGUCACAAAAUCUGCAGUAAUGACCACCAUAUCUCUACUUCCAGGUGCAGAAUAUUUGGGGGAGAAGCCAAUGCCACAACUUACGACUGUGGAUUCUAUGACGUUACCCCCAGCACUGCACAAUGUAACAUCUGUAGACAUGACUCCAGGUUCGGUCCCACAGAUGGUGAAAUAUGGACAGCUGAUCCCAAUUGUGAGCCCUAGAGAAUUGGCCCCAGAACUUCAACUGCAGAUUGUAACAUCUAAUGAGUUGGCUCCUAUUUCACAGCUGGAAAGUGGGAAUUCUGUACAGUUAGCACCAAGGUCUCAGCUUCAAGGUGUGAAAUCUAUUCAUUUUACCCUAGGAACACAACAACAAAGUCGAAAAUCUGCUGAGUUAGCCCAGGCACCACAGUUUCAAAAUAGGAAAUCGCUAGAUUUGACCCACAAUCCACAGUUGCAAGGUCUGGAAUAUGUUCAUUUGGCCCUACCGCUGAAGUUUUCAGAUACAAAAGCUGUGGAGCUGAUCCUAAGACCAACCCAGGAAGAGAAGAAAUCCAUGGAGUUUGCCCCAAAGCCAUGGUUACAAGAUGAAAGAUCUCAGGAAACAGCCCCAGUACUAUUGCUUAAAGAUGUGAAAUUUCCUCAAAUGGUAGAAUGUAGAAAUGUGAUUCCUGAAACACAGGUGGAAAGUAUGAAAUAUGAGGAGCCGAUCUCAAGGGCACACAUUCAAGCAGUAAAAUCUGCAGAGCUGAACCUCAAGUCAAAUCAUCAAGCCACAGGACCUGAAGGAUUAACCCCAUGGCAUCAAGCUUUGGAAUCUUCAGGAAUGAUCCCAGAGCCAGGAUAUCAAGGAGCAGAAGUAGAGUUGACUUCCGACCCUUGUCACCACAGGAAAGAAUCUCUGGAGUUGACACAAUCAUCUUUAAGUACUCCAGGGCCAUUGAACCAGACUUCAGAAUCUAUGCAGGCGAACUCAGUGCCAUUCCAAGGUGCUCUUGAGACAAUGCUCCAAGGCGUAAAGGCCUUGGAGACUCGAAUGCCUCAACACAUAAUAAAAGAAUCUCCAGAGUUAGUACCAGGAUCAGAGAUGCAAGGAAUGAAUCCAGACGUGUUGAACCCAGAGUCCCAAAGUAUGAAGUUUGUUCAUCUGGAUCUAGGGCCGUAUUCAGAAUUUAUGAACUAUAAGAAGUUGGCCCCAGAACCUCAAUUUCAAGGUGUGAAAUCUGGGUCGCUGACCCCAGAACCACAGCCCCAAAGUACAAAACCUGAGGAGUUAACUCUAGGUCCGUUAAUGCAUGGCAAUAAAGUUGUGGAUUUAAGUGUACCACUGGAAGUAUCUAAGAGGUUGGUUCCUGAAACACACAUACAUGUUGAAUCGAGGAAACUAAGCUUGGAACCACAUUUACAAGCAACGGCGUCUUUGGGUCCAACUUCUAGACCACGGCGUCAAGACACAGCAUCCAUAAAGUUAACUUCUGAGACCUGGCCACAAGAGGAGGAAUUUGUGAAAUUAAUCCCAGAGCAAGUCACAAGAACUACUGGGAUGAUGCCCAGGCCAUGUUUUCAGAAUAUUUCAGAGAUGACUCUGGGGCCAGGCCAUCAAGACACAGAAACUGCACGGCUCUUUUCUGGGGCUUUGCUCCAAGUGGCAUUAACACCAAAACCAACAGGUCAAGUUACAGAAUCUACAGAAAUGACUCUAAAGCCACACCUUCAAGUUACUGAGCCUUCAGAGAUACCCCUAAAGUCAGAAUACAAAAACACAGAACCUUUUGGGUUGGCAUUGUCUCAAGUGGAAAAUAUCCAGGAGACGAUGCCAGUACCACCAUAUUCAGUAAGAGGAUCCCUGGAGUUGACUUUAGGACCACGAAUGCAAUAUGAGAAAUCAGUGUCACUAAUGCAAAAUUUGAAAUCUGUCAAGUUAACCCCUGAGUCAUCCCCAGUAGUGGUGGGACCUAAACAACUUAUCACAGGACCAAAAGAACAUGUUCCGGCAUUGACCCCAGAGCCACAGUUCCAGGGAGUAAAGUCUAUGCUGCUGCAUCCAGAGCCACAAUUACAAGAUGUGGAAUAUGUGAACUUAAUCCAACAGCCAGCUACUACUGGAAUGGUAGAAUCUGAGAAGCUGGUACAAGAGCCAAUACUACAAUGUAUAAUAUCAGAGGAAUUGACUAAGGGGGCACAGCUUCAGGGUGUGAAACUGAUCCCAGGGCCACAUUUGCAAAGUGUCCGAUUUUCACAUUUACCGCCAGGGCCAGGUGUGGUGGGUAUGAAACCAAUGGAGCUGACCCCAGACUCAAAACUUCAAGGUGUCAAAUCUGAGUUGUUGACCUCGGAGCCGAAAGAUGUGAAACCCGUGGUCUUAACUACAGGACAGGGUCUAAAAGGUAUGGAAUCUACUUUGCUAACCCCUAGUCCACAGCUGGAAGGUGAGAAAUCUAUGGAGAUAACCACAGUGCCAUGGGUAGAAUAUGCCAAACCUGUGAAAAGCACCCACGAUACCAAGCUUCAAGGUACAACUUCUGACAGGAUUCUGCAUGCAAGAAUUCAAGACUCCAAAGCUGUGGAGUUGGUCCAAAGAACCCAACUGCAAGAUGUGCAAACUGUGGAAUUGAAAUUUGAGCCCAAGAUGGAAGGUGAGAAAGCUGUGCCUUUUGCACCAGGGCCAUUGCUCCAAGGGUCUGAACUGCAAGGUGUGAAACCCAAGGAACCGACUUUAGAGCCACAAACCCAAGAUAGUAAAUUGGUUGACAGUACCCCGUGUUUAAAGCAUCAAAGUUUACAAUCUGUAGAGGAAACUCGAGAUUCAGAGCCGCAAUGUGCAAAAUCUGUAAAGUUGACCCCGAGGCUAAACAAGCAGGAAGUAAAAUCUGUGAAAGCGACCAGAAGAUCAAAGUUUGAAGGAGUAAAAACUGUGGAUUUAGCCCCAAGGCAACAGUUUCCAGAGACAGCACUCAUGAAUUUAACGUCUGGGCCAGAACAGGAUGGCACGCUAUCUGUAAUCUCUCCAGAGCAUCAAUGUGUGAAUUCAGAGCAGUUGCAGAGAGGGGCUAAGUCGGACGAUGGGCUGUCUUUGGAGUUAACUCCAGAGCUAAAAUUUAAAGGUAAAAAAUUAGUAGGUCUCAAUUUUGAGUCACAGUUGGAAAGUAUGAGAUCAGACUUGACUCCAGAAUCAAAUAUUCAAGGUUUAAAACCUAAAGAAUUCAAGCCUGAACCACUUGAACCUCAGCUGCAAAGCACAAAGUCUCCUAAGUUGACCCCAGGGGCACCACUGCACCAGAUUGAAGGCUCAGAGUUAGCUUCAGAGCCACAGCUUUGUGUAAAAACCAUUGAGUUGAAACAAGAGCCACUGCUUGAAAGUACGAGAUGCAUUCAGUGGAUCCCAGGACCUAAGUUCCAAGCUGUGAAAUCUGUAGAGUUCAAUCUCAGGUCACAGUCUCCAGGUGUUAAAUUUGUAGGGUUGAAAUCUUCGACACAGUUAAGAGAUGUGAAGUCAUCUGAAUUGACUCUCGGGUCCAAAUCUCAAGGUGUGAUAUAUACAGAGUUCAACCUUGUGCCACGGUUGCAGAACAUGAAAACCUCUGGGGUGCACGCAGGAACACAGCUGCAAAAAGGGAAGGUUUUCGCAUCAACCUCAGAGCCACAGCUUCAAGACGUCAAGACUACUGAGUUCAAAAAAGAGCCACAGCUGGAAAGAGUGAGGUGUAUCCAGUGGAUACCAGGACCUGAUUUCCAAGGUGUGAAGUCUAUAGGGUUACAGUCUCAAGGUGUUAAGUCUCUAGGGUUGAAACCUUUGAUACAGUUCAGAGAUAGAAAGUCAUCUACAUUAACUCCAAGGCCAAAGCUCCAAGAUAAACAAUCUUCGGCAUCACUCCAGGAACAUGAGCUUCAAGACUGUGAUUUGAAACCUUGUCGACAGGUUAGAAGUGUGAAAUCAUGUGAGCUGACUUCAAGGUCAAAGCUCUGGGAUAUAAAAUUUAUACCACUGGAAUCUAGGCUUUGCAUGCAUGAUAGGAAAUCUACUAAACUGCCUGCAAAACCAAAGCUUCAAGAAGUGAGACCCUUACAGUCAUCCCCAGGAGCACAGCUUCAGGGUGUGAAGUCUCUGGUGCUUAUGGAAGGUCCACAGUUUCCUGGUGUGAAAUCUGGGCUAUUAAGCCAAGGGUCACAAUUACAAAGCAAUACAAGUAGAGAAUUGAACUCGCCACUACACUUGGCAAGCACAAAGUCUUCUGAAUUGACUCUUCAGACAAAGUCUCAAGGUAUGAAAUCUGAGAAUUUCAACUCUGGGUCACAGUGGCAUGAUCUAAAACCUUCUAAGUUGUCACCUGAGAUAAAGUCCCAAGAUAAGACAUUUACUGAGUUAAAUCCAAGUUCACAGUUGAAUGGUAUAACAUUUUCUACACUGAUCACAGGAACAAAGAUUCAAGGUACCAAAUGUACAGAUUUCAACCUUGGGCCAUUGUUACAACAUGUGAAUUCUUCCAAAAGGACCUCAAAGACAAAGCUUCAAAAUGUAAAACAUAAAGAAAGCUGUCCCAGUCCCCAGGUGCAAGUUGUGAAAUCUUCUGACCUGCCCCUUGGAUCAAAGCUUCAAAAUGUGCAGGUGGUGUUCAACCCUGACUCACAGUUUCAAGGAGAGAAAUGUUCUAAAUUAAUCUCAAAAACAAAGUUUCAAGAUGUGGAAUCUGUGAAUGUCAAACCUGGGCCACAGCUGAGAGGUGUGAAAUCUUCUGAAUUGAUACAGGGGACAAAGCUUCAAAAAGUGAAGUCCAUGGACUUCAAGUCAGGCCCCCAGUUGGAAGAUGUGACAUCUUCUAUGUUGAUCAUGGGUAUAAAGCUUCGAGAUAUAAAAUCUAUGAAUUUCAAGUCUGGACCACACUUGAAGGAUGGGAAAUCUUCACAAGUGAUCCCAAGGGAAAAGCUUGGAGGUGUGAAAUCUGCAGAACUGAAAGCUAAUCCAAAGUUACAAGGGGAGAAAUCUUCUGAUCUGACCCUGGAGAGGAAGUUCUCAGGUAUGAAAGCAGGCCCACAGUUACAAGACGUGCAAUGUUCUGAAUUGAUCAUGGGUAUAAAACUUCAAGAUAAAAAAUCGGCAGGAUUUGGUUCUAGAUCGCACUUGCGAGGUAUGAGAUCUUCUGAAGUGAUCCCAGGGUCAAAACUUCAACAAGUGAAACCCUCUGAGUUCAACCACGGUCCAAAGCUACAAGGUGGGAAAUCUGAUUUAAUUCAGAGGAGGAAGCUUCAAGGUGUGAAAUCUGUGGAGUUCAACCCCGGACCACAGAGACAAGGUGAGAAAUCUGAUUUGAUGCUAGAGUGCAGGCUCCAAGAUUUGAAAUCUGUUGACUUAAAACCGGUUCUGCAGUUACAAGGUGUGCCAUCUUCGGAGUUAACACCAAAAACAAAGCUUCAAAGUGGAGAAUCUGUGGAGUUCCUUAUCAGACCCACGUGGCAAGACAUGAAACCUCUUGAAUUGACUCUAGGUGCAAAGACCCAAGAUGUGAAAUCUUUGGGGUUUGAGUCAGUCCCACGGUUACAAAAUAGGAAACUGCCUAUGUUGACACCAGGAUCACACAUUCAAGGCAUGAAAUCUCUGAAAUUCAGCCCUGGGGCAACGUUGCAAGGUGCAAAAUCUCCUGAGUCUGUAAAGCUUCAAAUAAUGAAAACCACAGAGGUCAACCAAGACCUAGAGUUCCAGGUCGCAAAACCCUAUGAGUUAGCCUUGGAAUCAAAGAUUGGCAAUGUGAGAUCUUCCGAGUUCAAUGCUGGGAAGCAGCGGCAAGAAGAGAAGUCUUUUACGUUGAAACCAUGGCCAGAGCUUCAAAGUGUGAAAUUUGUGCUACACAACCCUGGACCACAUUGGCAACAUAUAAAAUCUUCAGAAUUGUGCAAAGAGACAAAUCUCCAAGAUGUGAAAUCUGAGGAAUCCAAUCUUGAGCAACAGUGGCAAGAUGUUAAAUCCUCUGAGUUAUGCCAGGGAUCAAGGCUUCAAGGUAUGCCAUCCUUCAAGUUCAAUCCAGGGCAACAGUUACAAGAGAUAAAACCUGAGUUGUGCACAGACAGGAAGCUUCCAUAUGAGCCAGUUCUGGAAACGAAGCAUCAUCCUAAAUUACAAGGUAGGAAAUCCUCUGAAUUUAAUCUAGCCCCACAGCUUCAGUGUAGAAAUGUUAGGGCAUUCAGUACCGGACCACCAUUGAAUGGUGUAAAAUCUGAGUUGAAUUCUGGAUCCGAGCCUCGAGGUAUAAAACCCCAGGUGUUCUGCCCUGGGCCACCUUUGCAGGAUGUGAAUUCUUCUGCAUUUAUUUCAAAACCAAAACUUCAGUGUGUAAAUUCUGUUAAAUGCAAAUCUGAGCCACCCUUGCAAGGUAUAAACCCUUCUGAAUUAACUUCAGUUUCCAAACUUCAAGGUACAAAGUCUUCUGAGUUGAGGUCAGAGACCCCUAGGGAGACAACUAUGGUGUUCAACUCUGAUCCACAUUUGCAAGAUUUGAAAUCUGAAUUGAUUCCAGGGUCAAAGUUUCUUGCUAUAGCACUCAUGGAAUGCAACCCUGAGCCACAGAGGAAGUGUGUAAAUUCUUCUAAGUUGAAUCCAGAGCCAAAAUUACAAUGUGCAAAUUCUAUGGGGUGCAAACCUGGGCCACCUUUGCAAGGUGUACAGUCCUUUGAAUUGACUUCAGGGACAAAAGGUCAAGGUCCAGGAUCUCAGGGGAAUCCGGGGUCCAAGAAUCAAAGUGAGACGUCUAUGGUGUUCAGCGCUGAACCACAUUUACAAGAUUUGAAAUCCGAAUUGAUUCCAGGGUCAAAGUUUCUUGCUGUAGCACCUAUGGAAUGCAACCCCAGGCCACAGACGAAGUGUGUAAAUUCUUUGGAGUUGGAUCCAGAGCCGAAAGUACAAUGUGCUAAUACUAUGGGGUAUGAACUUGGGCCACCUUUGCAAGGUAUACAGUCUUUUGAGUUGACUUCAGGGGGUCAAGGUAUAGGAUCUUUUGAUUUGAAUCUGGGGUCAGAAGUUCUAGGUAUAAAAUCUCUUAUGUUCGACCCUGUGCAACAUUUACAAAAUGUGAAAUGCGAAUUGAGUCCAGGGACAAAGUUUCAAGGUAUAACAUCACAAGAAUUAAACUGUGGCCCACAGCUGCAAGGUGUGAAUUCUUCUGAUUUGAAUUUUGGGUCAGAACUUCAAUGCAUAAAUGCUAUAAAGUUUAAUCCAGACCCAGAGAUGCAAGGCAUGAAACCCUCUGACUUGGAUCCUACGUCACAAUAUCAAGGUACAAAAUCUAUUCUGUUCAACCCUGGACCACAUUUGCAAGGUGUAAAAUCUUCUGAGUUAAUUCCAGGGACAAAGUUUCCAGAAAUCCAGUUUUUGGAGAAUCACUGUGGGUCCCAGCAACAAGUUGUGCACUCAGUGUUCACUUUAGGCUCUUCACUGAAUGGUAUGAAAUCUGUGUUAUUUGUACCAAAGCCACUGCUUGAAGAUGUAAAGUCUGUGAAGACCAACAAAGAGCCAGUGUCUUGUGGUGGAAAUUCUGUGAAACUGGCUUCAGGCUCUGAGCUGCAGGACUUGAAAUGUGAGAUGUUUGCACUAGAGCCAGGUUUUACAAAAGUGAAACCUGUGGCGUUAAAUCCAGGGCCACAUGCUCAAGGUAUGAAUUCUGGGGAGUUGCCCUCACACCUCAGGCAGCACAGUGAGAGAUCUGUGGUGUUUGCACCAAAGGUGUGUUUUCAAGAUGUGAAAUCUCUGGCGUUGAAGCCAGGGCCACAACCUCAAGAUGUGAAUUCUAAGGAUUUGAUUUCUUGCCUCAGGCAGAAAUCUAUGGUGUUUGAAUCAGAGCCAUGUUCUCAAGAUGUGACAUCUUUGAAGUCAAAGCUACAGCUACAGCCUCCGAGUUCUAAUUCUUCAGGGUUUCCCUCAUGCCUAAGGUCACCAAGUGUUAAUUCUGAGGUCUUUGCACCGGAACUAUGUUUUCAAGAUGUGAAAUCGGUGGGGUUGACACCAGGGUCCCCACAGCAAGGUAUGAAUUGCCAAGAGUUGACUUCAGGAUGGCAAAGUAUGAAACCAACAGUGUUGGCACCAGAGCCAACUAAGAAGUUCAUACCAGGACCCAUGGUGCGUAGUGUUAAAUUUUCAAGUGUGUCUCCAGAAUCACAGCGACAAGGUGAGAAACCUUUGGAGUUUACUCCAGAAGCAAAGUUGCAAAGUAUAAAACAUGUGGCAUUGUCUUCAGCAUCUCUGCAACAAGAUAUGAAAUCUGUAGAGUUACUACCGGGGUCACUGCUUCCAAGAACAAAAUCUGAGGGACUAACUCCAAGGAGGAGCUAUCAAAUCACAGAUUCCUCGGAGAUAAUCCCUAGGCCGGGGCAUCAAUUUGUAGAAGGUGCAGAGAUGAUCCCAACACCAAAGCCUCAAGUCCCUAAAUCUGUGAAUUUGGUGAUCCCAACACCAAAGCAUCAAGUCUCCAAAUCUGUAAAUGUGAUUUCAGUACCAAUUUAUCAUACCACAGAAAGGUUGGCCUAUCAAGGCAAUGAAACUGUAGAAAAAUCUGUGGAGUUGGCCCCAAAGUCAACAAGUAAAACCAUGGAAUCUUCAGGAGUGCCUUUAAGGCUAGAUCUUCAAGUCCCAGAAUCUGUUGAUCUGACUCAUGUGCUAAGGAAUCAAGGCUCUGAAACCUUAGAAUUAACCUUAAAGAAAAUCCCAGAAACUCUCGAGUUGCUCUCUCAGUCAUGGCCUCAAGUUAAGGACUCUGGGGAAUCCUAUAUAAGGCCAGUGCAGGAAGUUACAGGAUCUGAAGAGAUGACACUAGAGCCCAAGCAUCACACUACAGAAACUAUAGGGUUGACCUCCAAAGCAAGGCCAACAGAGAAGGAAUUCCUUGGCAUGACCCCAAAGCCAAUAAGUAAAACCACUGGAUAUACAGAGAGUGCUCCAAGGCCCUAUCCUCAAGCACUAGAAUUUGUGGAGGCGAUCUCCAAGAAAAGACUGCAAAGGGAAGGAUCAGAAGCACUGACUACAGAGUCAUUACAUCAUGUCCCAGAAUCUUCAGAGAUGACACCAAGGCUAAGAUAUCCAGUUCCUGAAUCUGUGGGUUCAACCUUUAAGCAGUGGCUUCAAUGGGAGGAAUCUUUAGAUUUGUUCCCAAGGCAGACAGAUCAAGCUACAGGACAUGCAGAAUCUGUAGAGCUCACAUCUGACACACGGCAGCAAGGGGAUGGACCAAUGGGGCUGACACAGUCACAGAAUCAAAGUAUGAAAUAUUCACAGAUAGCUCCAGGACUACAGGGUCAAAUUACAGAGCUUAUGAGGAUUAGUCCAAAGCUGCUCCAUCAAGUCACAGGAUGUACAAAGACACAGCUUCAAGCUGCUCAACCAAUAGGAAUAACCUCAAGAAGCCCCCCAAAAGUUGUUGAAUAUGUGAAAGUGUCUCCUGGGCCACCACUUCAUGCUGUAAAGUCUGUACCAUUAACACCAGGGGGAACCUCUCAAAUGGUAGACUAUGUUAAACUGACUCCAAAAGUACAAGAUGUGAGGCCUUCUGAGUUUACCUCAGGGCUAUGGUUGCAAAGUGUAAAAUCAAAGGAAUUAACCACAGAGCCAACACACCAUAUUUUGGAUAGAAUGAAGCUGACAGGCUUUCAAAUUGUAAAGACUCUUUUAAUCCCACGGCCACCACUUCAAAUUGUAAAAUCUGAGGAAUUAGCACCACCACCAAUUCCUCAGAUUGUAGAACCAAUAGGAGUCUCCUUAGGAUCAGCUACUGAAGUAAUGGAUUGUUUGGAUUUCUUCCCAAGGCCACAUCUUCAAGAAAUAGUAGAACUAAUGGUGAGGCCAAAUAUCGAAGAGAAAUCUUCAGAAUCACUCUCACAGCCAGCAUUUUCUUUGGAAGAAUCGACAGUGUUCACUCAUGAACAAGGGCUUCAGGCUGUGAAAGGAAUGGGGGUAAAAAUAGGGCCUCCUCAAAUCAUGGAAUGUGAGGAUUUGAAUCUAGUACAGAUAUAUCAGAAUAGGGAAUCUGAGGAUUUUAUGUCAAGAGAGGAGUUACAAAUAGGGAAUUAUUUCUCUAGAUGUCUACAGAACUCUUCAAACUCGCUCAUCUCAAGUUCUGUCGAAGCAUCUAAACUAGGAAGCCUUUGUGAUCUGGAGAUGCCAGAAGUGUCAAGGGCCUUGGAUAUAAAAAACUUUGGGAAAGAUAUUUUGCAGUCUGAAGAAUACUUUAUAGACCCUACUAUGAUACAAACUUCAACCUUUCCCUUGUCCCUUCACAAUCAACCCUCUGAUGUGAUAGGUCACAUUGUAGAAAUGCCACAUUUUGAGAUCCUAGGAGUGGGUGUCGUAUCUAAGAGGACUGAUAAGAAGCAGGUGGAGAAGCUAGAGAAUUCACUCCAGCGCCUAUCCCAACAUCCACUGCAAAGCUGGAGAUCACCAUCUAGGACCUUCCAGUCAGGAUCAGGAACUCAAAGAGGCCUGAACGGGUCUGUCUUGAGCAGACAACAGAAUGUCUGGGAGAAUCACUCCUGGAGACAGCGAUUACCCAGAAAAUACCUCUCCAAGAUGCUAGUGUUAGGGAAUGUCUUGGGAACCACCAUGGAAAGGAACCUUUGUUCUCAAACAUCUUUAACGGAAAGAGCCACUGCAGAUAUCUGUCAAUCUAUUCAGAAUUUAUUUGGGGUUCCUGCGGAACUGAUGGAACUUUCCAAGAGUCUACUAGAGAAGAGUCGAAGUAGUAUUUCUCAGACUUCAGUGCCCGAAAACUACAUUCAGAGACACACUUCCUAUCAUGGUCACGAACAAAGAAGAGCCUUAAGGAUGUGGACACGUAGCUCCAUGUCCUCCAUAAUACAGCAACACUCUGGGGCUAGUGCAAAAAUAAAGAAAAGUUCGAAGCUUAGUGAUAUAUCCCAGGAAGUCAUUCAGCACAUGCCUGUUUCAUGUACAGAGGGCCAGCCUCCUGUCCCAGUAAAUUUAGAGUCUUCCUUCAAUAUACUUUUUACUAGGAAAGAUUCUGUUCCAAUGGAAGAGAGUGAGAACUCACAGAGUUCACAGACAAGGAUUUUUGAGUCCCAACACUGUCUCAAGCCAAGUUAUCUUCCCCAGGCCAAGACUGACUUGUCAGAACAGUUCCAGUUGCUACAAGAUCUGCGGCUAAAAAUAGCAGCAAAACUGUUAAGGAGUCAGAUACCCCCCAAUGUACCUCCACUUUUAACUUCAGGUGUGGUUUUAAAAUACCCUAUCUGCCUACAGUGUGGCCUAUGUGCAGGACUUAAUUGCCGUCAUCAAUUACAGGGCACUUUGGGGUCUUACCUUCUUAUCUACCCACAGCUCCACCUUGUAAGUACUCCCGAAAACCAUGGAGAGAUUAAGGUGAGUUUUGGCUUUAGGUUGCAAACUAGGAAAAGAUCCCAAGUCCCAAAGUACCACAGAAGAGACAGAUCCAUCACACCAAGGAGUUCUAUAUCACUACCACUAAGGAAAGCUAAAGCCUAUACUCGAGCUUCCAAGAGUCCUACUUCUACAAUGGAUUUCCGAUCUGUAUCUUCCCAGUCUCCUGCUCCUGUACAAGUCCACAUCAGGCAAAGACAGUCUAGAAGCCCUGCCCUAGCAGGAAAGAUGAUAAUUGGAGGGCCAGGGCACUAUGAGUUUACUCCAGUUCACUCUCUACCAGAGAGUGACUCUGAAACCGAUCAGGAUGAAACAUGGGCUAAAAGGAGAACCAAAAAGACCCAUAGUUCAAAAUACCCAAAGAAAAGAAUCACUACGGGAAGCAGAACACAAAACACAAAGUUCUACAGAAAUGGUAGAACCACAAUACGGAGUUCUUCUCGGGAUUUACCAGACCAGUUAAGAAGGAAGAGGAAUGGAGCAUCUCAGACAACUACUACCUCUUCAAAAAGACAACCUAAGAAAUCCUCCCAACCCAAAUUCAUUCAACGGCUUUUUCAAGGUCUAAAGCAAGCAUUCCAGAGAGCACGCAGAACUAUGGCUUUUGCUGGACAGAAGCCUGAGGACAGGUCAAGGCCAAACCAUUUGUGUUCAAGCAAAAACCACCAUCCAAAACGAAAAGCCAGAGAUUAUUCCUCAUCAAGAGAUAUCAAAAGAGAUAGGAUGUCAGUUGGUAAGCUAAACCGAACAGACAUAACCACUAAGCAGGAGAAGAUGUUAUCGGAAGAAAUACAGCAAUUCACAUCAGCUCAUCAACCAAAAAGAGGUAGCUCUUUCCAACAUAGACAUACCCAACGACCCAAGCCCAUAGUUUCCCAAAGAAGUGCUAUUUUCAAAACCACUUCAGUUGGACAGGCUGUGGUCAUUGUUCAAAACGACAACAGCAGCAAAGGUAACAAAAACUCUUCCAGAUGUGAAAUCUCUAGCCAGGAGUCCAAGAGCUCCAAAACAGGAUCCAGAGUUCAGGCCAGAGGGAGAAAUCUACACGGUUCCCUUAAGAGAACCUCACACAGUCACCUUACAGAGAAACUCACACCCACGAAGCAAAACCACCAUAGCGUCGUAAAGGAGAGAAUCCCAUGUAAUUCCUUGGAAAGGAGCCAUCGCAGUCCCUCUGAGAGGCACCAUCGAAGUCGUCCUCGGAGGAGACAUCACAGUUCCUCUGAAAAGAGCCAUCAGAGUCCCUGUGAGAGGAGAUGUCGCAGUCCUUGUGAGAGGAGAUGUCGCAGUCUCUUUCAGAAAACACAUCACAGUCCCUUAGAGGUGAGAGGAUACAGCCCUUCUGAGAGAAGACAGCACAGGCCCUCUGAGAGGAGUGGUCACAGUUCCUCAGAUAGAACUCACUAUAGUCCCUCUGAAAGACAUGGACACAGUCCCUCUGAGAGGAACAGACACAGUCAUUCUGAGCAGAGCCAACAGAACCAGUCUGAAAGGGGCCAGUACGGUUGGUGUGGGAAAACCCAUAUCCGUGUCUUGGAGGUGAGAGGACACAGCCCUAUUGAGAGAAGACAGCACAGGCCCUCUGAGAGGAGUGGUCGCAGUUCCUCAGAGAGAACUCACUGUAGUCCCUCUGAAAGAAAUGGGUGCAGUCCCUCUGAGAGGAACAGAUACAGACAUUCUGAGCAGAGCCAACAGAACCAGUUUGAAAGGGGCCAGUAUAGUUGGUGUGGGAAAACCCAUCUUAGUCCCUUGGAGGUGAAAAGACACAGCCUUAUUGAAAGAAGACAGCACAGGCCCUCUGAGAGGAGUGGUCGCAGUUCCUCAGAGAGAACUCACUGUAGUCCCUCUGAAAGAAAUGGACGCAGUCCCUCUGAGAGGAACAGACACAGUCAUUCUGAGCAGAGCCAACAGAACCAGUUUGAAAGGGGCCAGUACAGUUGGUGUGGGAAAACACAUCUCUCUGCCAGAACCCAUCACAGUCCCGCUAAGGAGAGACUCCAACACAGCUGCCCCAGGGAGAGGCUCAGACAUGGUCUGUCUGAAGAUUGCAAGGGCUCCUCAAACACGUCUCCUAGGGACCACACACAAAAUACUCCAAAACAGGCCAAGUUUAGAGGCCUGCAGCUAACAGAUGAGAAGAGAUCCGUCCCCAUUAUUCACUGACUGGCUCAAGCCUUCACCGACCUACCCCUUUUGUGGCUUCUUUCCUGCUUGGCCACUGCCUUUGAUACCAGCACCCUCAGCAAUCAAAGAGCCUCUAUGCCGCUCUACCUGGGGGAAGGGAGGUGGGAAUGGGUCUGUAAUUUCUCUAAGUAAAUAAAGGGCCGAUAAUUGAUCUCCACCUAGAAAGCCCACUCGUCGUGCUGGA